AUGGCCCCCCGCCUCCUCCUCGCCGCUGGCGCCGCCGCUCUCAUAGCCGGUGCGAACGCCCAGUCCAACACCACCACCACGACCCUGACCCAGGCCAGCGUCUCCACCGCAACGCUGCCCGGCACGGACACCACCGUGACCAUCGGCAGCACCUCCACUCUGAGCUCCACUAUUAGCCCCACUUCGGCCGUCGACCCCGGCGUCUCGUCGUCUUCGGCGGUCUCCGUCCCCGGAACCGACACCGUCACCGUCUCGGCUCCCACGAGCACGAGCACAACGCUUCUCACCGGCACCGACGUCUCCAGCGCGACCUCCGUCUCCGUCUCCGUCGACACCUCCAUCCCCUCCCUGACGCUUCCCCCGGCCCAAAACACAACCCUCCCCGUGCCGCCCGUGGACCCCAACCAGUCCUUCAUCAGCACGACCGUCGUCUUCGGCAACCUCACCACCGUGAUCCCCUUCGUCCCCAUCCCGCCGACCCCGCCCCCAAUCUCUCCCCCCUUCAACAACGGCACCGGAAACCCGACAAUCACCCUCCCCCCGCCCCCCGUCGUCACGGUCCCGCCCCCGACCACGACCACAACCUGCAACUACAACGGCACCUGCACGACAAUCACCCUCCCGCCCUGCGUCACCGUCACGACCUGCCUCGCCAACGGCGCCUGCGUGCCCCUCACCACGAUAACCUACCCUCUCACCCCGGUCCCGCCCGUCGUCACCAGCCCGGUCCCGAUCCCGGCCCCGCCCCCCUUCGUGACGACGUACACCCGCUGCAGGGGCAACGGCACCGCCACCGCCUGCUCGACCCUGACGCGCGUCUAUCCCUCUCCCCCGACCGUGACCACCGGCCAGACGACCCGCACGCGCACCUUCCGCACCUGCGACCCCAGCUGCCGCAUCGCGACCACCACGCAGACGGCGAGUUUCUCGCGCGUCGUGCUCCCGCCUCCGAUCUGGACUACCAGGGGCGUCUCCGGGGUUCCCUCCGGCCGACCUUCUUCUGUCCCUGGUGUCCCCCAGCAGCCGAGCGUUCCCGGCGUGUCGAGGCCUCCUACGCAGCCUACUCAGCCCAGUCAGCCUUCUCAACCUGGUCAACCCCCCGUCCAGCCCAGUGUUCCCGGUGUCUCGAGACCGGUUGGUCAGCCGAGUCAGCCGGGCCAGCCUCCCGCUCAGCCUACUCAGCCCGGCCAGCCUCCCGUCCAGCCGUCUCAACCUGGUCAACCUCCCGUCCAGCCCAGUGUCCCUGGUGUCUCGAGACCUACUACCCAGCCCAGCCAGCCCGGCCAGCCUCCUGCGCAGCCGAGUGUUCCGGGAACUCCUCCUUCUAACCCGCCGUCUAACCCUCCUUCCAACCCUCCUUCGAAUCCUCCUUCGAACCCCCCUUCCAACCCUCCUUCCAACCCACCCGCCAAUCCUCCCCAGAAUCCUCCCCAGAAUCCUCCUCAACAACCGGCAACGACCUCAACCCGCCCGGUCACUCCCGGCACCACACCGACCCAGCCGACAACUCCCCCGCCCAUCGUCACCGCCGGCGCGGAGACCCUGCGCGCCGACGUGCGCUCGCUGCUCGGUCUCGUCGGUGCCGUCGCCGUCGGCAUGGUCAUCUACUAA